GGGGGUUGGAAUCAGAUGAUGUUUAAAGGUCUGUUCCAACCCAAAUCAUUCCAUGAUUCUGUGAUUAUGAAGUGCUGGGCUGCAGGUGCCCUCCACAGUAGAGUCCCACGAGGAUUGGAUGUGAUUGAGCCUGGAACUUUGGUGAGGGGGUGUUGCCAAGCAACCUCGUGGAACCUCUGUAAACACUCCAUUGCAGUUGGUAACACAGUAUCCCUUCCUGUCAUUCUGCCUGCAUGGGAAAGCCUCAAUAUGGGAAGAACUAACACAGAAAAAGCUGACAAUCGAGUGGUUUCAUCAGGACAUGAAGCAGAAGGUGUUGGUCAACGACGCUCCAUUCGGCAGAGGAAAGCUGUUGAGCGCUAUCAAGCUCCAUUGGAAAAUCUAGGAAAACAUAAGAUAAUUUUUUCCAGCUGUACUUCACCUGUCAGACAGAGAGAUUCAUGUAAAAGAACUAAAAGAUCUCUUUCGGUCAACUCUCGGAAAGACAACUUAAAUGAAGUUCACAGAACCUCACAUGAAAAUCAAAUUGGAACAAGUCUGGCUGGUGUUGAAAGAAUGCAAAUAGAUAGUUCGGUACAAUUUGAUGGCGUGGGUGGUCAUUCUGAACACAUUUCAUCUUUAAAAGAGAUGAUCAUUUUGCCGUUGCUUUAUGCUGAUGCCUUUGAGAAAAUGAAACUUAACCCUCCCAGAGGCUGUCUGUUCUAUGGUCCACCAGGGACUGGAAAGACACUGCUUGCUCGUGCACUUGCUAAUGAAUGUAGCAGAAGUGACAGGAAAGUAACCUUUUUUAUGAGAAAUGCUGCCGACUGCAUGAGUAAAUGGAUAGGAGAAUCUGAACAACAGCUUCGUUUAGUAUUUGAGGAGGCCUACCAGAUGCGACCUUCAAUUAUUUUCUUUGAUGAGAUCGAUGCUCUUGCUCCCACACGGUCCAGUAAACAAGACCAAGUUCAUAGCUCUGUUGUGGGGACACUUCUGACACUUAUGGAUGGCUUAGCCAGCAGAGGAGAGGUUGUGGUUAUUGGAGCCACCAACAGACUGGAUUCUAUAGAUCCUGCUUUACGAAGACCGGGACGCUUUGAACGAGAAUUCCGUUUCAGCUUACCAAACGAAGAGCAGGAGAGACAAGAGAUUUUCAAAAUUCACACACGAGGCUGGAAGAAGCCAUCAGACAACUUACUUGAAGAGCUGGCUGAGAAAUGUGUGGGAUAUUGUGGUGCUGAUAUUAAGGCCUUAUGUGCUGAAGCUGGCCUCUGUGCUUUGCGCCGCUGUUAUCCUCAGAUACAUGAAAGUGACAAGAGACUGAGGAUAGAUGCCACUUCGAUUGAAGUAACAGCAAAGGAUUUUGCCAUGGCCAUGCAGAAGAUUGUUCCAACUUCACAGAGAGCUGGAGCUUCACCUGUACGAGCACUACCACCUAUUUCAAAGCCGCUGUUAGAAAACACUCUGGAAAGAACUUUACAAGCCUUGCAGAGAGCAUUUCCCCAUGCAGAACUUGCACUGAAGAAGGACCAAGGAAAUGGUGUGAUUGACAAUGAAGAAUCACCAUCAGUUUCUGGAAAGAUGCCAACUCAUAAAAUUUCUGGUAGAAAAAAGGCAGAAUUCCACACUUUUAGCAGCAAUCCUCCUUACCAGCCAACAUCUUUCAGGCCACGGUUCUUAAUAGUUGAAGAGCCAGGAUCUGGGCAAGCUUUUGAUUUGGCAUCUGCAGUAAUACAUGCCCUGGAAAAGUUUCCAGCUUAUACACUAGACCUAAUGACUUUGUUUGUUAGCAGCACAUCACAGGAAGAAACAUGUUCACAGUUGAUACGAGAAGCUCAAAGAACAGCACCAAGCAUCAUUUAUAUCCCAGAAAUCCCUUGGUGGUGGGAGGCUGUUGGACCUACACUGCAAGCUGGUUUUACAGGACUACUGAAUUACAUUCCAUGCUUUACUCCAGUUUUGCUUCUUGCAACAUCUGAUGUGCAACAUGAAGAUCUCCCAGAAGAGAUAAAAGCAUUGUUUGAUAAUAAUCGUGAAGAAGUUUUCAAAAUCCCGAGGCCUACCUGUGCUGAAAGAAGAGGGUUUUUUGAGGAUUUGAUCAUGAAGCAAGCUGCUGAACCUCCUGCAUCAAAAACCAAUGCAGAUUCACGGGUACACCGUGUGACUCAUGCGAGAUGUUCUCAGGUGGAUGAGGAACUGCGACAAGUGUUGGAUUCUAUUGUUGAGGCAACUGAAAGCGUCAGUAUAUCGAGCAUGGAAAAACUAUAUUCUAUCCUUAGCCUGUGCAUUUACCGGCAUCGAGAUGAUGCCGACAAAACUGAAUUAGUGACGGAAAUGAAGAAAGAAAUUGCAGCCCUCAGUUGGCUGUGAUACUUGACUUCAGCAUACUUGACAUACUGUAAUGUUCAUAUAUGGCUCCCAAAUAGAUAAGUUGUGUUUAUCAUGUCUCAGUAAUUGUAGCAGGUAGAGAAAAAAGAAUAGAAGAAAGAAAACUUUAAGCACGUAACUGAAACCAGACAUAACAGAACCAGCGACACUUGGUAAAACGACUAAGGUAACACCAGAUUAUAAGGAACAAAACAAGGCUAUCUUGUGAAACUAAGUAAGGGUAAUUCUGACAGUAGGAGACCGUGCCCACUGGUUCAAGAAAGGAAGACACCAUCUGAAGUAAGAAGGGCACUAGCUCAAAAGAAGAUUGAGCAUGUGGGCAUGUGAAGUGACAGAAUCAUUUAACCAACAGAAGACUAAUUAAUAAGAGGACUAUGGAAUUUGGAGCCAAUGAACAUUAGUGUAUUGCUAAGAAUAGUGAAAUGUUGCGAUACUCAGUA